AUGAGUGGUGGAGAUAGAGAUAAAAGAAAAAAGGAAGACGAUAUUGAUGAGCAGAAGAAUAAAGGCCAUAGAACAUUAAACAAGAAACUUAAGAAAAAGAGAAAGCAUGAAAAGGAAGUAUAAAAAGAAAAGAAGUUAAAGAAAAAGGAGUAUUAAGAGAAAAGGGAUAAAUAUAGAGAAUAAUAUUUUGCAUAAGCUCAAAAGCCAAAAAAGAAAAACAACAAAGAUAGCAAGGGAAUAAAAAUUCAUAAACUACAAAAAACCUUGAAUAAAUUCCUUAAAAUAUAUGAAGAUGACAUUGAAGAUUUUAAAUCUAUAUUUACUUCACUUGAUGAAGGAGAAGAAAUUGAAAUUUAGGAUAUUGAAAAUCCAAAAAUUAGAAAAUAUCUUGCAAAGAUAUUCAAGUAUCUUAAAAUCAAGCAAAAAAGUGGAAAGCCUGGUUUCCGUAAAUCUCUGAAAACAGAUUUCUCUCUUUCUACUUACAUGUUUAAUGUUAUUAAUGAGGCAAUCAAUUAAGAUAAAGAAUCCAAAUCAGAUAUUGAUUCUGAUAAUGAAGGGGAUAAUUAAGAUAGUGAUAAAGAGAGCUAAAAUAGUAAUUAUGACUCAGAUUCUUCUAGUGAUGAUGAAGAUGAAAAAGUAAAAGAAAAGAAGCCUUCUAAAAAGUUGAAAAAAAAUAGCGAAGAUGAAGAUUCUGAUGAUCUAUCAGAUAAAGAUGAUGAUGAUGAAGAAAGUAAUUAAAAAAAUUAGAAGCAAUAAAGUAAAUAACUUGGCCCUUAAUUACCAUCUGUUAUAGGACCAUAGAUUCCAAAUUAAAUUGGACCAUUAAUUCCUAGUUAAAUUGGACCUAGAGCUCCUUCUAAUUCUGUUGGACCAUCAUUAAUUAGCUAAGAAGAAAAAUAGAAAUUCAUAGAAGGUUCAAUAUCUCAACCAUAAUAAAAAGCAAAUAAUGACUGGUUAGCCUAAGAUUUAGAUUCAUUUUUGAAUGACUCUUUUAAAGAAGUUGAGGCUUCAAAUGUUAAAAAGUUUUUACUUAAUUAAAAAGUUGACCAUAAUAAAAAAAAGGUAGGGCAAAGCUUAGAUAGUUCCCGUUUGGCUCCUGGAAGCGCCCCUAUUGAUUUAGAGCAUAUAUAAAUUGAUGAUUCUGAAGCAAGAUAAAGUGCUUCUGAAUAUGAAUCAAAAUAUAGAAAUAAAACUCUUAUGGAAAUGCAUUAAGAAAAUUUGUUAAAAAAGAAGCAAUAAUAAGGAAAAGACACUUUUAGAAAACCAUUUGAUAGAAAUGAAGACCUAAUUAUAAGAAAAACUGAUUCAAAAAAAUUAAUGGCUGCUAUUAAAGAUAGCUUUUAGCAUGGGCCUAAAUUUUAACCUGCUAAAAACUGA